AUGGACGUUGAAGCAAGCAGGAGGCAGCGGGGCAGAAAGACCCCUAUGGACAAUCCGUACAGCGAUACUGCAGCACCGUUGCAUUAUUGGCACCCUAUGAAUGUGUUGCGUAGAGGGGUUUAUAUUGGUGUUUCUCUGUAUGGUCUCAACUAUUUCAAUGCAUACGAGACGAUAAUGAGAGAUCCAAGUGUUUCUCACGAGUGGUUCAAGUUCGCCAUUGCCGCUUCUGUGGCUUUGCUGUUUGUAAAAGGGUAUGUUGAGAUAUAUGCGGGAAAAUUAAAGAAUCAGAAAGUUUCUUAUGCUUCAUUUCCUCGGUCCACACAUGCUGCAAUAAUGUUGAUAUUGCUGUCUUCUUUGGCAUACCAUAUUGCUCUUUGGCCGGCAUAUGGAGCAAAAACAAUGCUGAUUAUGUUCCUCUUCGCAAUGUUUCUGCUCCAUUUCUGUCUACUCUUUCCCACGUAUGUGCAAAACUUGGUGGCUUUCAUAGUUCUAGGAUUCUUCCUGCAGGAAUACAAGUAA